AUGUCCGUCUGGGGUCAUAAAAAUGACCCAGAUAGGCCACGAGAGCCAACUGACUACCAAAAUGGGGAAGAAGAUCGGAAUGCGCCAGAGGAAAGAUUUGAAGAACCUACGGAGCGCUCAAGAUUGCUCCCCGAGAAUAAUAAUGAGGGAUUUCUGAGCCCAGAUGAUCCAGCUGUAUCUCCCUAUAAUCUAUGGAGCGUGCGCAUGUUACGCGGCGUAUCUCUGAUCGCAUUGGCCCUGAGCUUUAUCUGGUGGACAUUCCUGCUGGUCUCAAUCUUCGUCAGUCCGCCGAUGAUCCACCCGCGCGGAUCGGGAUUCUUUGCUUUUGCAUAUACAACUUUGGCAACGGGAUAUCUCGUGCUCGGACUCUUAUUCUUUGCGGUACCAUCCAAGCCGAUGACAAUAUGGGGAAUUAUCCUUGCUCUGUUACUUCUGGUGGAUAUGUGUAUCAUCCUCGCCGUGCCACGGAUUCGUCUUGAAGAAGGCUGGGUCGGGAUCGCUUCUGUCGUCUGGGUGGCCUUGAUCUCCAUAUACCAGGUCACACAGAACCGAGCAGUGGCCUGGGGUAAGAGGGAGGAGGAAGAGCGUCUUACAGGCCGAGAAGAAACACGGCGCUCGUUGUUGGAGUGGGUUGCUGUUUUCGCAGAAACGAUCUUACUCGCUGCCAUGGCAAUUGCUGCCUUUUUGUUCACGACGACACUCAUUUUGCGUGCUUGCGAUGUCGGGCUGGAUCCUCCGGGUGAGCGUUACUUGGUACAUGGAGACUCUUAUCAGGUUCAUCUCGCCUGUGUUGGGAACAAUACCGCCGACAGCCAUGCACCGACGAUUCUGCUGGAGGGCGGCAAUGGGCCGGUUGAACAUACACUGCAGCCAUUCAUCAACGAUGUAUUCAAUCGUGGGUCCAUCCCUCGAUACUGUUAUUGGGACCGACCUGGGCUCGGAUGGUCCGACAACGCGCCCUCGCCACACUCUGCGGGCAUGUCAGCAGACGCGCUAGCAGAGGCAUUGGCACUUGCAGGCGAGACUGGUCCGUGGAUAGUUGUUUCCGCCGGAGUUGGCAGUCUUUAUUCGAGGCUGUUUGCCAGUCGCAACCUUCUUGAAGUUCGCGGCAUCUUUAUGAUCGAUCCCCUCCACGAAGCAUACUUGGGACAUCUGGGACGCCCCGGACGUGGGUUUUUGCUUUGGCUCCGUGGUAUUAUUUCUCCACUGGGAUUGGAUCGGCUUGUGGGGGCUAUUGUACGCGGCCGUUCUCGCCAGGAUCGCGUGAUGGGACGCUCGGCCUAUCAGUCUGGGAAAUACAUUAAAGCAAAGCUCCAGGAAAGCCUUGUGGCUGCUAGUAUGACUGCCGCUGAGAUACAGUCUGCUCGACAUAUCCAGAUGGGUCAUGCUCCGGUGGUUGUUGUGAGCUCUGGCCAAGAGGUUCGAAAGGAUCAGCAGUGGUCAGAGCGACAGGAGGAUCUUUCUCAUAUCACUGACAAUCUUUUGUCCUGGGAUGUGGCGGAUGAUGCACCUCAUGAAGUAUGGAUGACCGGACUAGGAAGGGAGCUAUUGGAAAGACGUUUGAAGGAACUUGUUGAGAAAAGCCAGGAAUAG